AUGGCCCUCCCUCAGGAAUCCAGGAUGACUGUGGAGAGCCUGAGCCAGCCGGAGCUGCUGACCCUGCUGAGUGUUCUGGAGGGGGAGCUGGAGGCGCGGGACCUGGUGAUCGAGGAGCUGAGGGCCCAGUGCAGGGACGUGUUUGUGCAGGAGCGCUACGGCAAGUACAACCUGAGCGACCCCUUCCUGGCUCUGCAGCGGGACAGUGAGGUCAUGAGGGGGCGGAGCUCCACGGAGCCGGCCCCCCCGGCCCCCCCUCCCCCGCCCAGCCCCCUGGCCGUGCUGAAGCUGGUGAUGUCCCACUGCAAGAGGAUGCAGGAGAAGAUGCUGAGUCAGCUCGCCGCGGCCGAACACCGCCACAGAAAGGUCAUCGCAGACCUGGAGGACGAGAAGCGGCGCCACGCCCAGGACACGGCGGAGGGCGAUGAUGUCACCUGCAUGCUGGAGAAGGAGAGGGAGCGGCUCCUGCAGCAGCUGGGCUUUGAGCGCGCUCAGCUCAAGCGCGUGGAGAAGGAGCAGAGGAGGCUGCGCUCCCAGCUGGAGGAGGCGUGGCUGCAGCACAAGCAGCUCUCCGCCUCGCUGGCCAACGAGAGCCAGCGGGGGGCGGAGCUGGGCCGGCGGCUGGAGGAGGAGCGCGUCGCCGCGGAGACGCUGCGGGCGGAGCUGGGGGCGGAGCGACGGCAGGCGUCGCGGGCGGAGGCGCGGGCGGAGGAGCAGCUGGCCGAGUUCGACACGCAGAAGGAGCAGCUGCGGGCGUGGCUGCGCCGGGAGGAGGCGCGGGGCGCGGGGCUGCAGGCCGAGCUGGAGGAGCUGCGGGCGGAGGUGGCGCGGCUCCGGGGGGGCGGCGCUGAACCGGCGGAGCCGCUGACCUCUGACCCCGCCGCGCCGCACAAGCUGAACGGCCACCCCGCCGAGAAGGAGGCGGAGCCAUGUCAGGUGAACGGGUGUGACAUCGCGGCCUCUGUGCAACACCCGCCUUCUAUGGAGGCUCAGCAGAACCCCGCCCACCCCGCGAUGUGUCCCUCCCCCUCCCUCGGCUCCUCCCCUUGCUCCUCCCCCCUCCUGGCCAAGCGCCCGUCGGGGGGCGUGUCUCCGUCCAGCCCCUCCUACCAGGCGUCGUACCAGGCGGGGAUCAACCAGCGUUUCCAUGCCGCCCGGCACAAGUUCCAGGGUCAGCCGGAGCAGGAUCACCAUGGCGACGCCACGCCCCGCUCCCCUCGGGAUCUGUCCCCGAAUCCCGCUGCCCCCGCCUCCCCCUCCCCCUCUCCCGCCCCCGCCUCCCCCUCCCCCACGGCUGAGCCGGCCUCAGUGAAGCAGCUGGCCCGCCACACGGUCACCCAGGCGCUGUCGCGAUUCACCGGCCAGCAGGGCGGCGCCAAACCGCCAACCUCCCCCAGCGGCUCCAGCUCCCCGUUCGGCACGGACUACCGCCCCCCCGCCCCGGCCACGGCCUCCAGCCCCGUCUCCCCGGGAAUAAAGUCCCCCGUCAUCCCCCGGGGCGACAGGGGCCACCCGCCCCCCAUACCCCCCAAAAAACCAGGCCUGGCCCAAACCCCCAUGUCCCCCGGACCGACCCCCAGGGCCAGCCACUUCCACGACCUGUCGGGCAGCUGUGGGCUCACCAGCAGCCAGGACGGCACCAAAGAACAAGACCUGGUCCUGUCGUCCACCAGCUAACCUGCACCACAGCGCCACCUGUCCUCUCCCACGUCUCAUUGCUCCCUGUCGCCCCCCCUGUAAUCGAAAGACUCUAUCUGAAACACUGUCCCGUUUUUAUUUAUUUCAGUUUCUCACCGUCACAACGUUGUCCUUGAUUAUAACCGUCUGUACAGGAGUGGAAGGACUGAAUUACUGCUGAUAUGGGUGCUGGAAUUGAACUAAACUCAGCGAGAGGAUGUUGACUAGGUCUGACUAUCAGGGAGCUAAGGAGAGGAGUAAAGUGCCUACCUGCUUGCCUUCUUAGGGUCAGCAGCAUACAGUUCUGUUUCCCUGUUUCUCCGUCUGGAACAGAACACAAGAUUGGUCAAUUAGGAAUCAGGAAGCUGGUGAGAGUGGCAGAGUGGUGCUGGGAAAUGAAGUCCAUUAAACUAUGGAGGGUGUUUAAACUACACCUAAACUUUACUUGCCAUCAGCAACGCAGUGAAAAUGCCAAUGAGUGUGAGUGUUUACUGGCUGCUUUGGUUCUGAUGGCUGGAAAGGGAUUGGUUGCUUUUUUGAAAAGGCAGGCCUCUUAUUGGCUGUUUUAG